AUGGAGGACCACAGCUUCUACAGGGCCAUCCUCGACGCUCUGCCAUUCGGGGUGGCCUUCGCCGUGCCCGUGCUGAGUAGCACGAAGCAUGGGCGCGAUCGGCAGCAAUCUACAACGGGGCGAGGUCGAGCCAAGGACUUUCGCUUCGUCUACAUCAACGAGAAGAUGGAGGAGCUGGCACGAACCGACGGCGGGGCGCAGCUCGGAAUGGAUGGCCUGAUCCUCGAAUCUGGCGACAUGCUCGGCCAGCUGGCCCGUUCAUCCACGAAGAAGAGGAAGGAGAGCACCCGAACGAUUUCCGCUGAUGCGAUCGAGGAGACCCUCGCGGCAGAAAGCGGAAGUGCAUCAUCAAAUCAUCAGGCGGUGGGUGGCGAGGACAAGACGGGCAAGAAGAAGAAGAAGAACGGCCGCCGCGGCCUCUUUGCGCGCCUGCUCAAGGCCCACAAGCACUCCUGGCGAACCGGCACCGACGUGGAGGUCACCUCGCCAUCUGCCGCAGCAACGAGCUACCUCGUCAAGCCGCUCAGGCUGGGCCAGGAGACCGUUGGCAUUCUCACAGUGGUGCAGCACCCGGCCUGUUGCGAUGCGCUGCAGAAUGAGCGAGACGAGCUGCAGCAGGUCAAGGAACAGCUCCAGAAGUCCAAGGAGCUGGAGAAGAGCAGGAGCCGCUUCGUUGCCGAUAUGAGCCACGAGAUCCGAACCCCGAUGAACGGGCUCAUCGGGAUGGUGUCCCUCCUAGCUGACGAUGACGAGCUCACCACGCUCCAGAGGGAGCUCGUGGACACGAUGCACGCAUCGUCGCAGCACCUGCUCAUGCUCAUCAACGACGUGCUCGACUACUCCAAGAUGUCCCUGGCCGACGAGGCUGGGUCGACCAGCCCCAAGCUGAAGAUCACCAGCUCGCCCAUCAACAUCUGCUCCGUCGUGCACGACUGCGUGUCGGCCUACUCCUCGCAGGCGAGGGACCUCGGCGUGGACCUCAUCAUCCACAUCGCGCCCGGCAUCGUGAAGCAUCCCUUCUACUUUGGCGACCCGCUGCGCUUGCGUCAAGUCAUGGCCAACCUUGUUUCCAAUGCUGUCAAGUUCACCAAGGAGGGCUACGUGCUGGUCGACGUCGACUACGGCCGCGUCCGGCGCCGUAGCGCGGCCGAAUACGCCAACGAAGCCGAAGCCGACCACCUGCGGGAGAUCGUCUUCCGCGUGAUUGACACCGGUCUCGGCGUAAAGCGGGAGGACAUGGAAAAGAUUUUCCUGCCCUACGUGCAGGAGGACAGCCGCGAGGCGGAGAGCUUUGGCGGCACCGGCCUGGGUCUUUCCAUUGCCCGACAGAUCACCACCCUGAUGGGCGGAAGCCUGGAGCUCGAGUCGUCAAACAGGCGCGGACGCCGCAGGAGCAUCGACCCGACGUCGUCGGCCAUUCAGCGCAGCCUGUCCACACUUCGCUCCUCGCUCAAGCUGACGUCCUCCGACGACGCCCCCUUCACCCGCCUCUCUGGCUCGACCUUCACGCUCCGUCUGCCGAUGAAGAUGGACACAUCGUCGCCGUCGGCGAUCUCGCUCGGCGCCGGCUCGCCCAACCGACUGCCGGUUCUGCGCAUGUCCGGCGACUCGACAUCGCCCACCAUACCGAUGCGGAUCCUGCUCGUGGGCCUUCCGCCCGUGCUGGGCGCCACCACCGAGAACCUGCUCUCUUCGUUCGGCGCCAAGUGCAAGAGCGUGAACGAGGAGGAGGCCCGGCGGCUGCUGUGUCGGUCCACCCUCUACGGCAAGUCCAGCAGCAGCAAGGACCUGCAGCGCUGGGACGUCGUGGCCGUGUUCAAGGGCCACGGCGAGGGCUACAUGGAGCUCGCCAAGCGGGUGCGCAAGGAGGAAAAGGUCAAGAUGCUGCUGCUGGCCUACACCUCGGAUCAGAUCGAUACGAAGAGCCUCGAGGAGAACGGGUGGGACGCCUACUUUGCCCUGCCGGUCCAGCCGGUCGUGUUGCUGCACAUCCUAGCCCGCCUGCGCGACGAGAUCAAUCGCAAGGCGGAGAAGACCCUCUCGCGGCGCAUCCUGCAGAAGAACGAGCAGGACGAGCUCGAGCGGGCGCGGAAGGAGUGGCAGCAGAAGAACAAGAAGUCCUCCGAAAGCGACCCCAAGCGCGAGCGGGCGGGCAUUCGGUCGGUCCUGCGCCGCAACAAGGUCUCCUUCAGCGACAACUCGGCCGAGAAGCUGCCGUCCCGCGACCGCUACGUGUUCGUCGAGGCCAAGGAAGAACGAAGGCCCGAUAAGAAGAGUGAAGGCGGUGGCGGCAAGGCGAAGCUCAAGUCCAAGCUCAUCACCAAGUACUCCUUCUCCUCUGCGAAGCCCAAGGUCUCGGCCAAUCUCAAAAUGGCCGCCCUUACCGCGCUCGUGGUCGACGACAACGCCAUCAACCGCAAAGUAGCGGUCCGCAUGCUGGAGAGCGUUGGGUUCAAGCGCAACAAGAUCUCGCACGCGCACGACGGAAUAGAGGCGCUCGAGAAGGCGAGGGAGAAGACCUUUGAUGUCAUCCUCAUGGACUGGUACCAGACCUCGCCCAUGAUUGGUCCUUCGGCCCCGAGUCACUUCAUGCCCCGCAUGAACGGAUGGGAGGCAUCGGAGAUGUUGAGAUCGGAGGGCUACAAGGGCGCAAUCGUCGCCACGACCGGCGUCGCUUCUGCGACCGAUGUCGCCCGCUGUCUCAAGUCGGGCAUGGAGUCUUGCCUCCAAAAGGUCAGCCUCCUCCUCCUCCUCCUCACUAUCAGCUCUCUCGUCGUCGUCGUCGUCAUCUCGUCGUCUUCGGGCUCCUCGGCCGAGCACAUUCCGUCCUCGCCCGACCCCUGCUCGCCGGCGGCCCUCCCCAUGUCGGCCUCCGCGCCUUCCGCUCUCCCCGUCCCCCAGGCAUUCAAGGAGAGGAAUCGCUCCCUAUGA